AUGAACAGCCAAGCAAAACAAGUGAACAACAUGAAUGAUGCUUGGAGGUUUUCAAACUUGUACAAGAAACUCAAGAUGAUGAUAGGAAAUGUUGUUCGAGUGAACAAAGUAGCUGUGUUUAGCGUUGGCUCUAUUCUGAUACUUGCUAUUUAUUUACUUUCUACAAUUGUUUCUUCACAUUCUGAUUCACAGUUUGUUGCAAAAAUACCUCCAAAGCGAAUCUCCUGGAAGACACAGGAAUUUGUGGAUAUUCCUGAAGACAUUCUGGUCAAAUGUAAAUCCAUAAAGGUCAAUGACGAGGAUAUUCUUCUUGAAUAUGACUCAAAGAAUAUUAUUGUUUCAACAAGACAGACAUUUCCAUUGUCUGUCAGUAAAGUUGAUGUCCUGUUGCUACAUGGAUCCACAUUCAGUUCCAAAACUUGGGAAGACCUUGUCACUUUGCAGCUACUAGCAGCAGCAGGUUACCGAGCUGUGGCUGUUGAUCUACCAGGUAAAGGCAAAACUGUUCACUUCCCGAUCCGUGAUCAUGGAGAAUUUUUGGAAGAGAUCAUCAAAAUGUUGGAUAUGAAUGAUCCUGUCAUUAUUAGUCCAUCAAUGAGUGGCAUGUAUUCUCUUCCCUUUUUGAUGAAGGCUGCAGCCUCUAAGCAACGACUGUGCAGUGGAUUUGUAUCUAUAGCAGUAGUUGGAACUGUGAAGUAUAAACACUUUGAGUAUGAGAGAAUAAAGGUUCCUACAAUGCUCAUCCGAGGUUCGCAAGAUGUAAAACUUGGUAAAAUUGCUGAAGAGAAUCUCAAAUACAUCCCAACCAGUGAACAAUUUGUCCUGCAAGAUGCAGGACAUGCUGCUUACAUGACUCGCACUGCUGAUUUUCAUCGGCUUCUCUACAAUUUUUUGUUGUCAGUUUCCUCAAUCCGUGCUAAAGUUCUCAAAGAAUCUGGCAAACACUGA